AUGAUUAUCACUCCACUCGAAUACUACCAAAAUCACACACUGGAAAGUCUCAUGUUCUACGGCUUUGGCUCCAAUCACGAUAAUAGCGAACACAUCCGCGGCUACCGCUGCCACGCCUUCCGCCCAGCAGAAUUGGAGAAGUUCACAACCCUGAAACAGGUCUGCAUGAACACUCAAGACACCGAGCUCGAUGCUUUCUAUGAAGCCGAAACUGGCAAAAAGGAAGACGAGACAGACGGCGCAUGGCUUGAGCGUUUCUUCGCCCUGCGUCUCCCGAAAACACUCGAGGUACUGGUUCUCUGGGAUGGCCUAGCAGAUAGGCAUAUUCACUGGGAACCCAACGCAAAAGUCGGCUUCGAGAACGCAGUGAUUGGCUUAGUCACAGGACGAUAUCUCGAAGAAGGCGAGCCAAAACGGCCGCUAGAAGCUAUCUGCCUAGCAGACGUUGAACGUAAAGGUUGGCCGGUUUACGACGAAGAUUAUACGCCCCCUGAAAUCUCACCUGAGGAUAGAGAUACACCCUGGUUCACACGCGCGGUGGCUGUGGCGAGGGAACACGGUGUGGAUUUACAUACAAUGGCGAAUAGGGUGAAGAUGUUGCAUCAGCAUAGCUUCCCAAGGGGGCUGGAUAGGUGGGACUUUAGGUCUGCACCGUGGUAUGGGGAGGCGGAUGGGUGGGCUUUCGAUGUUUAUCUAGGACGGAGGGUACCGGGAGGUAGGGAGUAG